GCACAGCCGGCGCUGCCGACUGUGACGACGACGAUCGACGAACCCUCCCUUUCGUUUCCCCCAAGACAACACAAACCCCCACUCGCGCGACUCGCACAAGGAACAGAACUUCAGAACCCAGCGAAUCCAGCCUGGCCCAUGCCAUGUCGCAGCCCGACGCCGACGCCAUCCUCAUCCCCAUCGCCGCGGCGAUGGAUCCCUCCCCAGCCCCAGCCCCAGCCCCGGCUCCGGCUCCGGUCCCGGCCCCUACGGUGGUCGAGUGGCCCGAGGGCGGCGCACUGACGCGGGACUGGGUGGCGGGGCUGGCGUCCACGCUGGACUGGUGCUCGCGGCACCUCCCCGCGGACCGCCUCCCGGCGGUGCUCCCGCCCGCGCUGGUCCAGCGCCUGGUCCUGGCCGCCGCCGCCAUCCUGCACCGCGAGCCCAACCUCGUCCGCGUCGACCCGCGCCCCGGCCAGGCCGUCGUCGUCGUCGGGGACGUCCACGGGCAGCUCCACGACGUCAUCUUCCUGCUCCGCGACGCCGGGUUCCCGUCCGAGGACCGCAUCUUCGUCUUCAACGGCGAUUACGUCGACCGCGGCGCCUGGGGCCUCGAGACCUUCCUCCUGCUCCUCGCCUGGAAGGUGCUACUCCCAAACUGUGUGUUCCUUCUCCGGGGAAACCACGAAUCCAAGUACUGCACGUCAGUAUAUGGUUUCGAGAAGGAGGUAAUGACUAAAUACAAAGAUCAGGGCCCUCAAAUUUACCGGAAGUUUUUAAGAUGUUUUGAGGACCUUCCUCUGGCGACAAUAAUAGCAGGAUGUGUGUACACUGCACACGGCGGUAUCUUCCGUGGAACAAUUGUAGUGCCAUCAAAGAAAUCAAAAAAGGGAAAGAAGGGUCACAAAUACAAGGCGAAUUUUACUGUUGAUCUGACUUCCAUGAAACUUGGAUCCUUGGAUGAGUUAUUGAAAGCAAGGAGAACUGUUCUCGACCCUCCUUGGGAAGGCUCAAAUUUGAUCCCUGGGGAUGUGCUGUGGUCUGACCCUUCCUUGCAGAUGGGUCUUUCUCCGAAUAAAGAACGAGGCAUAGGUUUGCUUUGGGGUCCUGAUAUCACUCAGCAGUUUCUGAGGACAAAUCAUUUGAAGCUAAUCAUCAGGUCACAUGAAGGUCCAGACGCGAGAGACAAGCGACACGAUCUCUUAGGAAUGGAUAAAGGAUAUACGAUUGAUCAUGAAGUAGAAUGUGGGAAACUAAUUACUCUCUUCAGUGCUCCGGACUACCCACAGUUUCAGGCUUCAGAGGAGCGAUACAACAAUCGUGGAGCAUAUAUUGUCCUUAGUCCACCUGAUUUUGCUACCCCUGUUUUCCAUAGCUUCGGAGCUGUAAAGCCUCGACCUGCGGCCCAUCCGUUCUAUGAUUUUGAACAAGUGAUCGACUCAGAUGAAGAAUUGGAUUUAAUCGCCAUGGACAGCGGCACGUCGAGCCUGUCAUGACGACUCGCCAUGUACCUUUUGCACUUAGGGUUGUAUUUAUUAUUAUCGCUCCAAUUGUUGCCAUGGAAGCGUGGCAUCAAGGUUUUUUGCUGUCGUUGUUGUAAGCUAAUGCCAACGUAGUAACGUUGCAGGUUUCUGGAUGGCCUGAGUCCUGACAUGCACACGCCAAAUCUGAUCUGUUGGUUUGGUUGAGGUUGAUUUGUAUCUAAAACUAAGUGAGCGUGAGAUGUCAUCUAAAGGCUGAAGGAAGUCAGCGGUUGCAAGAAUCUUAGUUCAUGAUUGUUUA